AGCUCGGGGUCAGCUCAUUCAGAAAGUUCCAAAGUAAGACUUUUACUAAUUAACCCGUUAUUACACAAAACAGUCUUUUCGUCAUUCAGUUAUUAGGCGGUCAGACGCCCAUUCGGGAGUCGCGGCAGUUCGAUGCUUCAUCUCGCUUGCCGUUUAAUUGCUUUUCCUUCCCCCUCUCUCUAAAUGUUAUAGUUGACAACUUUCGGACAAUGUACUAGCUAGGUGAACUCGAUUUGGCCUCUCGUUUUCGUCGAAUCCUUCUUUAGCCUUUAUCGCAGACCCACCCUUACUAACGCUACGACUAAACCAGAACGAGCGUUAAAAACCUUCACUAAUUUGUCGCUUGAACAUUACAAGGGCACGCCCAAAGGGACGAGUACGCGCACGCCAAGUCGCAUGCGUUACAGCGGCCAAUACGCUCUAAGAGUAAUGUAAUAAGCGAGAGGGGAAUAGGCCCUUAACAAACACCGCGCCCAAAGGCUUUUGAUUCUUGGAGAUUAAUGGAAUGAUGAUGCGGGACAGGCAGCGAGAUCCUGCCGAGGUCAGUCGGAACUUUUGUGGGGGUGGUCGGGUUCCAAGAGGUAUGCAACUGCCCCAAGGCAUUAUGGCUAGUAGUGGCUCUGGCAAGUCUACUAGCGACGUCUCAAGCCAUCUUAGUAGCAGUGGCAUCUCGCAGCACAGGAAGAAACUCAUUUCCAUCUGUGACCAGUGUAAAAGCAAAGUGCAACUGGUGGCUGACUUGCUUCUGUUGUCGAGUGAAACCAGACCUGUCAACACCGAGAGUCUGUCUGUAUUUGGGGAAUCAUUUGAGAAGUGCAGGGACACCAUCAUUGCCAGGACCAAAGGUCUGUCCAUUCUGACCCACGACGUCCAGAGCCAGUUAAAUAUGGGGAAGUUUGGAGAAGUGGGGGAGAGCCUGUUGGAAUUGGGAGACCUGGUUGUCUCACUGACGGAAUGUUCGGCCCAUGCCGCUUAUCUUGCUGCUGUGGAGACCCCUGGGACCCAACCGGCGCUUCCUGGCUUGGUGGACCGCUACAAAGUCAUCAGGUGUCGCCACGAAGUAGAACAGAGUUGUGCUAUCCUAAAAACAUCAUCUCUUGGGGAUCUGACACCCCAAGUGUUGCUCGAGGUGUCCCAGAACAUCUCCAGGAACUUGAAAACAUUGACGGAUGUUUGCGUUCUGGCCAGUGAUAAAUCCAAGGAAAAAUUCGCCAAGGAGCAGUUCAAGCUUAGCAUUAAAUGCAUAAGUACUAGUGCUACUGCGCUCUUGGCAUGUGUGAAGGAGGUAAAGUCCUCACCAAGCGAACUGACAAGGAACAGAUGUGUUUUAUUCAGUGGGGCCCUAGUCCAGUCUGUGAAUGCUUUAGUGGGCUUUGCCACGGAGCCCCAGUUUUUAGGCAGAGCCGCUACUAUGAAUCAAGAAGGAAAGGCUGUGCAGACUGCGAUUUUAGGAGGGGCUAUGAGUGUGGUUUCUGCUUGUGUACUUCUCACCCAACGCCUCAGGGAUAUAGCUCAACAUCCAGAAAAUAGCAGCAAAAUGCCUGAUUACAGGGAGCGGUUGAGGAACUCUGCUUGUGCAGUUUCGGACGGUUGCAAUUUGUUAUCUCAGGCACUAAGGGAACGAUCCUCACCAAGGACUUUACCGCCAGUGAAUAUACAAAUUCUGUGAAUUGAUUCCCUCCCCAAAUAUAGUGAAUUAGUUGUUGAAACGUGUCAUUUAUAUGCCAAAGACGUUAAUGGAUCACCCCGUGUUUAAAUCAGUUUUACAAAAGGAAUACAAGGCUAGAGUCCCCGCUAAUCUGUAGUACUGAAAAGACAGCUGUAAUCGCGCUGGGCGCGGUUCAAGUCUGUCUUCCUGAAAUUUACACCAGAAUUCCACUGUUGGUCUGUUAAUUGUGCAGGAAAUUUUACCUCAGUUUUCAGAUGUUUAACACAUUUAAGAAAUGAUGGAUGUAGCUACAUUGGUAUGACUUUUUGAAUCUGGUUUCCCAGAAGGGGUAUGCUGUGUUGAAGUGAAACGAGAGAGAGAGUGGCAGUUGUGACUGUUUGUGUGUUGGUUCUACAGUGGGAAAGCUGCUGUGAGUUUCAAAGAUUUUACACUAUAUAACGGACAUCAGUCUUUUUAUUGUGUCAAUUUUUAUCUUGCAUGUAUUGGAGUAUUUAUUAUUUCAGCUAUUAAAAUGUUUCUCACA